AUGAGUACGUUGAAGGAAGACUUGCACCCCAUGGACCUGCAGAGUGGGGAGAGCCCACCUUGUGGGAAGAACACCAGGACCUCGUCAAGAGGACCAGGAAUUGCUCCCAUUUUCUCCCAUUUGUGUUCUGGACCCUGCAUGAGACGCCCUAAAUAAUGCUUAUCCUUAACCACAGCCCUGCAUGUUGUCUUGCCCCCUUUACACAAAUUAGAUAAAGGUUCUCAGAUAUUAAAAACUUGUUCAAGAUGCCAAAGCUCAUGAGUGGAUGGUUUAAUGCCAAAACUAACACUAUUAACCCUGCAAGCCUCUGAAGGCCACUUAUCAACCCUCAGCCAUCUGGUCAUUGUAAAUGACUGGUUUUUCUUUCUUAUUUUCCAUGGACACAUCCUUGACUCAAAACAGAUGUUCUGGGUAGCUCAUGAGAGUUCAGAUUGCAAAUUCAAUUGUGAAAAUGGGAGGCAUGAAAAGGAAAGGCAUCUUCUGACAGUGUGUCAAGACAGACAACAGGUCCACAAGAAAUGCUCAUUAGAGCAGCACCCGUGGUAG